UCCAUGGAGCAGUCAGUGUGCGCCCAAACACAAUAUGAGCUGAUACAUAUGGUGAUGCCAUGUGCUCGAGUAGGUGCAUGUUCAAAGCAACCUUACCAAUGGCAGUAUCUAAAGUUCUAAACCUAGUAAUCAAACUUGUAUUUUCCCAACAAGCCCUUUAAACAGACUCACUUUGAUCCAGGCAGCCGCGAUAGAGCCUUACAAAUGGCAUCAGCUAAAUGUGUUCAAAGCAACAAAGGUCUAUGAUGCUCAAAUUCAUCAAUCACAACUAUAUGUUACGGAGUAUUGUGAUUUGUCUUAACAGAGAAAGUUGACAGUAGCAUCAAAUACACCAAGAACUGGAAUCCUUCAGAUGUUUGAUUAUCUGAAACACAGUCACAAUCGAGCCCACACGAGUAAUAUUCAUUUUCGAACAGCCCACACUACAGUCUGAAAUUUCUUUGUGAAUCCAUCUGCACUCUGCAUUUUUAAUAUUCAUCUACAGAUUCACUCUUUAAUCCCUUUUAGAUAUGUCACAGACUCACAGAAAUCACUUUUGUACUGUAAUGAUAUGGAAUUAUAAUUAAUUACUAGCAGAUUGAACAGACCACAAUACAGUUGUUACAAUGAUUUUGGUGAUGCUACAUGAAGUAUUUGGACUGAUAUUGUGAUAUUAUAGGCGUACUAUGUGAUUUAUGGUGGUACCAACUAAACGUAAAAAAAGUUAAGUUAAUGAGAAAACACAAUUGACAUGAGAAUCUCUUGCAGGUAUAACCAAGAUAUAAAAAAGACAAUCUACAAGUUUGGUGAAACUUAAUUCUCUCCUAAUCUUUGAUCAUUCUUUUCGGUUUUUUCGAGUUUCCUAUUGCUUAAUUUAUCCCAUAAUUUCUGUACUUAAACCCCCCAACAUUAAACUUCUCCAGAUCAUCCAUUUUACUUUGUUGUAAUACCUUUAUAGCAGAGUUCAAAAUCAUCUGCAUGGCAGGAAGCAUCGACAUGACUGUACAUGCAGUUGAAUCAAAUGGUGUCAAAGACCAAAGCCACCAGAAACCAGGGAUGGAUUCAAGAGGACUCCUCAUCCCUUCGAAGGUACCAAAAGCGGUGCCCCUGACAGCCCAACCAGCUGACGGAGAGCCCAUCCGGAGGCCUCGUGGCAGGCCUGCUGGGUCCAAGAACAAGCCUAAACCGCCAAUUAUCAUCACGAGGGAGAGCCCUAACACACUAUGUGCACAUGCUAUGGAGGUAAGCUCGGGUUGUGAUGUCAAUGAAAGCCUGAUCACUUUUGCUAGGAAGAAGCAGAAAGGAGUUUGCAUACUAAGUGGUACAGGGUAUGUAACCAAUGUUACUCUAAGGCACCCUUCAUCACAAGGCCCUAAUGCCAUUGUAACUCUCCAUGGUCGAUUUGAGAUUCUCUCUCUUCUCGGAUCCAUACUUCCACCACCAGUUGCACCACCAGGUCUCACAGGUCUAACAGUUUACUUGGCAGGCCCACAGGGGCAGGUCGUAGGUGGGGGAGUGGUGGGUGCCCUUAUUGCCUCUGGUCCUGUAGUUAUUAUGGCUGCUACUUUUAUGAAUGCAUCUUUUGAUCGUUUACCUAUAUGCGAAGAGGAGAAUGAAGUUGCUGCUCAAAAUCAAUGUUACCAGAACAAUCGCCGCCAUCACUACCAGCAUAUUGAUGUGUCCGAUGUAUGUGGAGUUCCGCAGAAUUAUAUGAGCAAUGGCAGGGCUUUGCCUCCUGAAGUAUACUCCUGGGCAUCGGGUCGAUCACUGGCAAAGACCUGAAGCUGAGCAUUUCUAUUACUUUUAACAAUCUCAUUGGCUUCAUAUCUUCUACUAGGAUCAGUCUCUCCCAACUAGUUUAUCUUCUGAGCAGUUGACAUAUUUCUACCUAUAUACCUUGUACUUCAACAAAUUUAUAAAUGGCAUAAAUAUUGACAGCA